GAACGCCCUCGGAUCCGAGGGGCUGGCGGGGGCGCCGGCUGGGGGGCGCCAGCUAUCCGCUCCUCCACUUAAUCCGAGAGGGUUCUGAGAGAUCAAAAUACUCCUGUAACGGGAAACUUCCCUCUCAUCCUCACCUGGACCGGGAGGAGAAGUCCGGGCGGGGGGCGGAGACCCCGGAAGGUCGCGCCGCGGAUCCUGCGCGAGGCGCCAACAAAAGAGGCGAGGAGGUGCCCCCCGGGGGCGGCCGCUGGAAGCGGAGCGCGGAGCUGAGCGUCCCGACCCGCCGUGCGUACUUUCUGGAGGGAAGGGGCGGGGGGCUCGGCCCCGGGAGGGGGACGCCCGGUGGCGAGGGGCUUAGCCAAGUUCCGGCGGCAGCGGCGGCCCUCCUCAGCUUCCACAAGAGGAAAGUUUUCUCCGGACGCUUCCGGCCGGCCCGCGUCCUCCGGGCCCAACCCCCCGAACCUUCGGAGCGGGCAGCGUCCCAGCCCAGCUCCGGGGAGACCCGAGCCGCGAUGCCUGGGGGGUGCUCCCGGGGCCCCGCCGCCGGGGACGGGAGGCUGCGGCUGGCACGGCUGGCGCUGGUCCUCCUGGGCUGGGUCUCCUCGUCCUCCCUCCCCUCCUCCGCGUCCUCCUCCACCUCCUCGGCGCUCCCGGUCUCCGCGGCGUCCGCCCAGCCCCAGCUGCCGGGCCGAUGCCCGCCGGCGUGCGAGUGCUCCGAGGCGGCGCGCACCGUCAAGUGCGUGAACCGCAACCUGACCGAGGUGCCCGCGGACCUGCCCCCCUACGUGCGCAACCUCUUCCUCACCGGCAAUCAGCUGGCCGUGCUCCCCGCCGGGGCCUUCGCCCGCCGGCCGCCGCUGGCCGAGCUGGCCGCGCUCAACCUCAGCGGCAGCCACCUGGAGGAGGUGCGCGCCGGCGCCUUCGAGCAUCUGCCCAGCCUGCGCCAGCUCGACCUCAGCCACAACCCGCUGGCCGACCUCAGCCCCUUCGCCUUCUCGGGCGGCAACGCCAGCGUCGCGGCCCCCAGCCCCUUGGUGGAACUGCUCCUGAACCGCAUCGUGCCCCCUGCGGCCGAGCGGCAGAACCGGAGCUUUGAGGGUACGGUGGCAGCGGCCCUGCGAGCGGGCCACGCGCUGCGCGGGCUCCGCCGCCUGGAGCUGGUCAGCAACCACCUCCUCUACCUGCCCCGCGACGUCCUGGCCCAGCUGCCCGGCCUCAGGCACCUGGACCUGCGCAACAACUCGCUGGUGAGCCUGACCUACGUCUCCUUUCGCAACCUGACACACCUCGAAAGCCUCCACCUGGAGAACAACGCCCUCAAGGUCCUGCACAACGGCACCCUGGCAGAGCUGCAGAGCCUGCCCCACGUCAGGGUCUUCCUGGACGACAAUCCCUGGGUCUGUGACUGCCACAUGGCGGACAUGGUGGCCUGGCUCAAGGAGACAGAGGUAGUGCAGGGCAAAGCCAGGCUCACCUGUGCAUUCCCGGAAAAAAUGAGGAAUCGGGUCCUCUUGGAACUCGACGGCUCCGACCUGGAAUGUGACCCUAUCCUUCCUCCAUCCCUGCAGACGUCUUACGUCUUCCUGGGUAUUGUUUUAGCCCUGAUAGGCGCCAUCUUCCUACUGGUUUUGUAUCUGAACCGCAAAGGGAUAAAAAAGUGGAUGCAUAACAUCAGAGAUGCCUGCAGGGAUCACAUGGAAGGGUAUCAUUACAGAUACGAAAUCAAUGCGGACCCCAGGUUGACAAACCUCAGUUCUAAUUCGGAUGUCUGAGAACCACGCGAGGACAGAACGACGACAACUAUGCAUGAGACGUAGACUUCAGCUUUUAUCCUGUCCUAGGCUGGCUCCACCUCCACCCUCCACUGUAGCCGCCACUGACCUUGACUGAAAGCAGUGAAGGGAAUUUGCUCCCUUCUUACGUAAAGUUUCUUGGUGUGUUCUGCUACUGUAAGACAAUGCACAACUGUGCUUAGUGUUUUAUCCUCUUCCUUUUCUGGGAAAUCAACACGUCUAGAGGGGUGUUUUCAAGUUUCAGCAUGAACAUGGCCUCUUGGCUGUCUGUUUCUCUUAGUACAGUUCAAGGUUAUCAAGUGUACUCCCACAGAUAGCAUUCAACAAAAGCUGCCUCAACUUUUUUGAGAAAAAGACGUAUUUCAUAAAUAUCAGUUUUAUUCUCAUGUACCAAAAUCGCGGAGAGAAUGAUUGCAUUCCAUAAACUGCCCGCAGACCUUAGCAAGCUCUUCAAAGUAAACUCCAUAGCACACAGGAGCGCCUGCAUCCGAGAGCAUGCUUACAUUUUCCUGUUCUGCAUAUUACAAAAAAUAACUUGCAACUUCAGAUAACUUCUUUGACAAGUUACUUUUUUGAUUGCAGUUUAUAUGAAACUGUGCUGAAGUUUUUUUAUAAACUGCAUCCGAGAUCCAGCAAACUAAAUUGUUCAAAAAAAAAUUCAAUAAAGAUUCUUAAAAGAAUUACAGUUGUGUUCAAGUUUCCUAUUUGAAAAAAAGAUUAGGGGCAGUGAUAUUAAAGGGUCUUGGUUCUGAUGAUAAUUAAGGUAUUAGUUAUUAUAGCUGAGAAUGAAAUGGGAGCAGUGUCAUACAGACAGACUCCGGAGAUAGUUUUGAGAUGGUGGAUCCUUUCAGGGUUUACAUAGAGAAUUUGAAUAUUCAUGUGAAAGUUAAUGCUAUUCAUUAAACAAUUUUGUAAAAGCAUUAUAAAGUUGGUAAGAGGGAAGAGUUCUGUAUGAUAAGCAGUUCACAGUGUGGGGCUUUUUCUAGACUAAUUAAGUUGUUAGGACAGAACAAAAUUAUUCACGUAAUAAAACUCUCCAUGUGAAAUUGAUCUGUGGAUUUUUAGAGCUGA